CUGGCCAGGGCCAUUUGGUCCCUGGCCUGGGGCCUUCUGCAGAUUCAGCUUGGAGGGGAUGGGGCAGCUGAGCCAUGUGCACCACCCUCUUCCUGCUCAGCACCUUGGCCAUGCUCUGUCGCCGCCGAUUUGCCAACCGGGUGGAACCAGAGCCCACUGGAGCAGAUGGGGCAGUUACGGGCAGCAGCUCAGAUGUGGCCCUCCAGUCCUCAGGCAGGGAGAAAGAACCUCUGAAGUAAGCCUUCACUUCGUCAGGCUGGGCUCAGCUCUGGGGACUGGGAUCAGCUGGCCAGCCCAAGAGGACACGAUGGGUACAGCAGUUGGGAGAAGGAGAGAAGCAGCAAUGGAGAAGAAUGGUCCUGAGAAAGGUGUGCACCAGAGGCCUUGGUCCAAGCCUACACGGGGAAGGCCUGGAGCCCAAUUUGAGGCAGGCACAAUGCAAGAGCCAUGUACCCCACUCACCCUACAAGUGCCCUGGACCCCUCUGCAGGCACCUCACAGUCGGGUAGUAGCCUAAGCCCUUGAGCUAGAGGUGAUAUUUAAAGGACAAAUGACCUCUUUGGGAAAAGAACCAUGGAGCAAAAUGACGGGAUGGACCAGAUGAUCUCAACGCCCCCACAGAUUUUCCUCAUCAAGAGACUGUCUGGAGGUGCUGACAAAGGCCUGCCAUGUGACAAACAUUUACAGAGUGCUGUGUGCCAGGCACUCUGGAUACAAAAAUGGAUUAAGACCUUCUGCCACAAUCAACCAGGAAACUGGACAAAAUAUAAGAAACAGACACUUGACAACGGGCAGCACACAGGACAAUGACCCCAUGAUUGCCUUGGCCUCUGCCCAGAGACAAUCCCCUGCUGUUCAUAAGGAUAUCCUGUAGACCAAUGGAAACCAAAAACAGAGCAACAAAGGUAUCUCAGUGGAGAAAGGAAGGUCUUUUUUAACUGGAUACAGAAAGCACUAACUGUAGAAGAAAAAUCCACUGGACUUUUUCAAAGUUAAACUUGUGCUCUUGAAAAGACUGGGAGAAAAUAUCUGCCAAAUAUCUGAGAAUAGACUUCUAUCCAGAAUAUAUAAAGAACUUUUACAUUUCAAUAAUAAGACAGCACAGUUAUUAAAAAGGGGGGAGGAGGACUGGGGAUUUAGUGCAGUGGUUCUGCCAUCUGCUUUGCAAGCACAAGGUCCCGAGUUUGAUCCCCAGUCCAAAAAAAACAAGGAGGGGGUUUAAUAACCAUUAUACCAAAAAUAUACAUCUAAUCAAUGGACACAUAGAAAGAUGUUCAGUUCCAUAAAUCAUCAGGGAAAUGCAAGUCAAAAGCAUGAUGAGAUACCAGUACACACCACCAGAAUGGUUAAAAUUAAAGAGUGACCAUAAUGAGGUGAGGAUGUGGAGAAAUGUAAUCCUAUAACAAAACCACUUGGGAAAUCAGUGUGAUGUUCUUUAUAAAUGAAUCCAAGAGGAAUGAAAACUUAUGUCUACAAAAAGAUUUUACAGAAAUGUUCACAGCAGGUUUAUUAACAAUAGCUCCAAGGGCUGGGGAUUUAGCUCAGUGGUUCUACUGCCUGCUUCGCAAGUGCAAGGACCUGAGUUCAAUCCCUGGUACCAAAAACAAAUAAACAAACAAAAAACAAUAGCUCCAAACUGGAAGCAACCUAGUCAGCAACAGGUGAAUGGGUAAACUGGGGUACCUUAAUACAAUAACACUCAGCAAUAGUGAACUAUGGACAUCAGUAACAACAUAGGUAAACUGAGAAGCUAGACACAAAAGGAGCACCUCAUGUGGGAUUUUACUUAUGAAAUUCUAGGACAAGCAAAACUAAUUGAUAGUGACAGAACGCAGAUCAGUGGGUGACUAGGGCCAGGACUGGAAUGGGGCUGACUGUAAAAGGGUACGAAGGUGCUCUUUGGGAUGACAAAAAAUGUUCUAGGUCAUGUCUGGGAUUAUGCCUGUUGGACUCUAAUGGUACAUUUUGAGUGGAUGUAUUUUAUUGACAUAUAUUAUACCUCAAUAAAGAUGACCACACAGUUAAAACAAGAA